CGAUUCCAGCACCUAUUUCAGAAACCAAACGGACCCUAAAUAUGUGUCAAAUCGAAAUCGUCCUCUCUAAAAGCCCUGAACCCUGUUUUUCUUCUCCAUUGCUGCCGAGAUCUCUAUACCUUCUGUCCGACCUCUCCAUAUUUACUGACCGCCAAAGAGCGCAUUCGUCUCCACUGAAACAGAUUGGCCAUCUACCGCUGACCAUCAGUGACCUCUCUAGUAACCCUUUUACUCCAGCAAAACUAUCAGCAAGAACCAUGUGGUGAUUAAAGGUGAGUGACUCCAGYAUUGCUUAAUCAGAAUGGGGGAUUCCACCUUUUUCGAUAGGUUGAUGGGUCAUCUCCGUGCAACAAGCAAGUAUUACACUGGUUAUCCAAAGGAUCUUGGGCCUUCACGUGUUAUUCACUUUACCUCGGAACGUGAGUUUGUCCAGCUGCUGCAUGAAGGUCAUCCUGUUGUUGUUGCAUUUACCAUCAGAUGUAACUACACAAAACAUCUUGACAGAGUACUUGAGGAAGCUGCAUCCGAGUUUUAUCCACAUAUAAAAUUUAUGCGUGUUGAAUGUCCAAAAUAUCCUGGUUUCUGUAUAGCACGUCAAAAGAAAGACUAUCCUUUCAUUGAAAUAUUUCACAGCCCUGAACAAGCAGCUAACCAAGGAAGAAUUGCUGAUCCCAACAUUACCAAGUACUCAGUUAAAGUGAUGCCUUUCAACAAUGAUGUCAGUGCAUAUGGUUUUAGAGAGUUCUUCAAGCGACAUGGAAUACGUACAUCAGAUCCAAGCUGAAGAUGCAACAAACCCAGUCAAAAGUGCUUCACAAGCUGAAGUUUCUGUCUAGAAAAUUUGAUCUUGUGGAUGAUCCAAGACUCCGGGUUUGGUUGGUUAUCAAGGAGAACAUUACCACCCCUACUUAAAAGAAUCUAGUCCAAAGUCUAACUGAGCCUCCAGACUGAUGCAGCAAACCUAGUUAAUAGCUGCACACGAUUUGAGUUCAAAAGAUGAUAGCGCCUUCCAGUUAAUACUCAAUUCAAGUAAUCCUUGUGAGAUGAUUCUCUCGUAGCUUCUCUCUCUGUCUCUGUCUCUGACUCUCUCUCAAUCAUAACAUAUAGAACUUUUUCUGCAUUCUAAGGUGGUAGCUUCUAAUUAUUGUGAUGUCCAUGGGGCUACAGUUCAAUGUAUUUAGUCUUGAUUAACUCGAUUGUACCCCAAGAAAAAUCAAGUGUGUAAUAUUGAAGAACAUUACUUCGCCAGUUUGAGCUUGUUUUCAA